GCCUGGACACGGUCCCGCGCCUCUCCAGUCUGGCGGUGGCCGCCCGGCCCCUCCCUCCGCGUUCGCCGGCGGCUGUCUGAAGGCGCCGCUGGGCCCAAAGGAGUCGCCUGGGUUUGGGCAUGGAGGGCGCGGCGGGCGAUCCGUACCGGCGACCUGCGCGGCGCACGCAGUGGCUGCUAAGCGCUUUGGCUCACCACUACGGGCUAGACCGCGGCGUGGAGAACGAGAUCGUGGUGCUGGCUACCGGUCUGGACCAGUAUCUGCAGGAGGUCUUCCACCAUCUGGACUGCCGGGGCGCCGGGCGCCUGCCGCGCGCAGACUUUCGCGCGCUGUGUGCUGUCCUGGGACUGAACGCCGACGGGGAGGCGACCACCGAGGACGCAAACUCCGCGGAGGCGGCCGCUAAGGAUUCGGCUGCGGGAAUAGUUGCCGGUGGGGACGCGGACGUCAGGGAAGAGGCGCGCCUGGCUCUGGGCGCCGACCCUCCGGAACUCACUUUCCGCCAGUUCCACGCACGCCUCUGCGGCUACUUCAGUACCCGAGCGGGGCCCCGGCUACCCCGUGGAGCUCUCAGCGAGCACAUCGAGACGCAGAUCCGCCUCCGCCGCCCGCGUCGCCGCCGCCGCCGGCCUGGCUCGCCGAGCCUACACGGCGGCGCCAGUGGGGAGCUUGUGGCGCAUCUGGAGGAGGAAAACAGCAGCCUCCGCGAGCUGGUGGAGGACCUCCGCGCUGCGCUGCAGAGCAGUGACGCGCGCUGCCUGGCCCUGCAGGUCGGCCUCUGGAAGAGCCAGUCGGACAUCCCGGAAGCAGCGGCACACAAACUGCAGCGCGCGCAGGGAGCGCUGGCAGAAGCAGAGGCGCGCGCCCGGCGGCUGCAGCGCAGUCAGGUGGAGGUGCGGCUGCGCACCGAGGAGGCCCGCCAGGCGGUGCGGCGCAGCUUGCACCGAGUGCGGGAGCUGGAGGCGCUGGCGCGGCGCGUUCCCCGCAUGCAGCGCCAGGUGCAGCGGCUGGAGGCAGAGCUCAGACGUUACAGGUCGGAGGGACCUCGGUCCCUAAACCCUGCACAAGCCAAUGUACAGCCAGGAAACAAGAAUGGCGGACCUGAUACCAGAGGAACCAGAGAAGAGGACGCUGCUCUAGGGGGAGCUCAGCAGUCAGACGCCUGCUCAGGGAGCAGAGACACAGAUGAAGCAGAGGAAGAGCAGCUGUUCCGCUCCGUGGAAGGCCAGACCGCCUCUGAAGAUGAAGAAGAAAGGUGGCAGGAAAAGUCCAGGCCCCCACAGGCCCUUGCUGAGGUAUCUCUGGUGCAGCCCUCAGGCUGUGAGAGUAGGUGUGAUGAACAGACAGCUGAGAAGCUCAAGACUCUCUUUGGCCGCUGUGAUGGUGCUGCCCACAUCUGUAACCUAGAGCUGGAGACCCAUGUCACCAGGCUCGGGGAGCAACUGCAGACCCUCGGCUGCAGUGGAAAGACCCUGGGGACACCGGAGGAGGAGGCAGAACCACAGCAGACCAUGGAGACAACCGAGCAUCUGAGGCUGGAGCUGCAGAUGGUGGAGACAGAGCGGGUGCGACUGUCGCUGCUCGAGGAGAAGCUGGUGGAUGUGCUACAGCUCCUGCAGAGGCUCCGGGACCUGAAUAUAUCAAAAAGAGCCCUGGGGAAGAUUUUGCUGAAUGCCCUGGACCAGAGCCCCUCACAGGAGGGUACACGUGGCACCUUGGCCAUCCUGGACACCUUGCACCAAGCCUUGGUUGGCUGUGAACUCCUGCAAAGAAACCCCUCGGCGCCAGCAUCCACAGCUCCUGCGCACAUGAACCCCUUCCUCAUCUCCUGCUGAGCUCGCUGGCCUUGCCUUGGGCCACCAUGCUCAUCCUAACCAUCAUCAGACCAGCCUUGGCCACAACCAGACUUGCCUCCCUGGUCAACCUGACGACCAUGGGGCUAGCUUUGGCGGUCACUGGACCAACCUUGACAGCCAGACUGACUGUCAUCACUGUGGCCUCCUCGGUCAUCCUGAGCGCCAUCCAUCCAGCCUCCAUGGUCCGCCUGACCGCUGUUGGACUGUCUUCUACAGUCUGAACGAUCGCAACAAAUGGUCUGACUGUUGUCACUUCUGCAGAGUUCUGGCAGCCAAGGCUCCUUCCAAAACUGGGUCUGGCAGCUGCUCCUUGGGGCCUCUCACAUUCUCACAAAACCCCCACACUGAGUCCCUGCAGGUGCUAGAUCAGCCUAUACCUGAGGCUGUUGCCCUUUAGCUGGGCACAGUACACAGUGUGCAGUACAUCGAAAAUCUCUGCCCUGCUUGCUCCAGCUGAUUGCCCUGUUCUUUGACCUGCUCAGGAAGGGCCAGUUCUGCACCCUGCUCAAGCUACAUGUGUGUUAGAACUUCAUGUGGACGGAUGUGCAAGGAGGCACUCCAGGGCCCAGGCAAAGAGAACCCACACUUUGGCAGGUCUAACUUUGUGAGAUCUGCUAUGAUCUCCCGGGAAGGACAGAAGAAAAUCACGGAAUGCUUCUGGGGGUCGAGGCACAUGACCAGCAUGGGACACAACUAGCACACCCUGGGUUCUAUUUUCCUGUGUUUCUGCUGCCAGGGAUGCCCCAGCACUGCAAGAGCUCCCCCACCAAGCACACCCUUCACCUCUUUCUGUUCUUUCCCUGCCCUUUCGCUGGAGCACGGCAGGCACAAGUUUCAUCAGAACCUUGACAAACUGAGAGAAGGAACAUUCCUGCAGCCAGAUCCCCCACCUGGCCUGUCCCAGACAAGUGUGGGGAAACCAGAGCCGAGUUCAGGCCUACCGAGACGGCCGCGAUCACAGGUACUGUGUUUAGCUCUGUUGUUUUACACAGGCUCAAGGAGAGAAGGAGCCAGGAAGGCUUUGCUAUUGCGGAGGCUGGGAAACUUUGCUGCCCAGGAAGCAGCACAGUUAUUGAAAGUGGACCUGGGUUAAUUGUAGAGGGGUGUUUUGGACGUUGAGACAAAUACUAGGAAAAGAAGGAGGGGGCAGGGAUACACUAGGAAAAGAGAAAGUGAUAUUAUAGAUAAUACUUAAUCAAAACCACAAAUGGCAGACUAGGAGCAGAAAACAGAACAAAAGUUAUUAAACAUGAGCAGUUAUGUAAGGCAUCCACCCCCCUCCCGUCAGCAUCACACCCAAAUAGUAGUGGUCCCAUUACAAUAACCAAAAUGUCGGGAUUCUCAGACCAAACGACAAGAUGUCUACAAGGAGGCUGGAGGGAUGGCUCAAUAGAUAAGAGCACUUAUUGCUCUUGCAGAGAGAGGACCUGGGUUCACUUCCCAGCACCCACAGGACCACUCCCAACUUCCUAUAACUCCUGCUCCAAAUGAUCCAAUUGUCCUCUUUUGACUCUCAGGGCACACGUGUGGUACACAAACAUACACUCAGGCACAAACAUAAAAAAUAAAUUAAAAAAAGAAAUCCACUUUAGAUAUAGACACGUGGGUUGGAGUGAAGGGGAUAGGAAAUACCUCUGUGCCAACAGUAAUCCAGCAGACUUCAAAGCAAGGAAAAGCACUGGGGGAGAAAAGGGUAUCACAUGAUGUCAAAGGGGUCAGCUCACCAAGAAAAUAAUGUGUGCGCCUAGCAACAGCCACAAACUACCUGAGACAAAAAUUAAUACAAAUUUAUAGUGAUGCACGCCUUUAACCAUAGCACUCAGAAGACAGACGCAGACAGAUCUCUGAGUUUGAGGCCAGCCUGGUCUACAUAGAUCUUGUCUCAAAAAUACAUAUUAACAUAGCUUCAAGAAACAGAUGAGUCCACUAUUGUAGUUGCAGACUUCGACAUACUUUCAUAAGAAAUGGACACACCCCGCAUGUAUGGCAUUAGUAAAGCUGAACACAUCAGAGCCAACAACCAAUGGGUUUGACGACACAGACUGCUCAUCCCACACUGGCACAAAUGCACCCUCUUCAAGCUCGGACAGCAGCCUUCACAUUCCGGCUACCAACCUUCUCAGCCAAUCAAGCUAAGGAAACGAUGCAACUCUCUCAAGAGACAGCAAAAUUAACUCAGAAAUCCAUAAAUGCUUAAAGAUUGAAUAACAUAUUUCUACAUUAAAUACAUAUCAAAAAAGAAUUUUCUAGAGUAAUUGUAAAACCCUUUGGCUAAAUGAAAAUGGAAACAUACCGCCUCAGAACGAAUGGGACAUGAGAAGAGCAGAGCUCAGAGGGAGUGCACGGCAGGGGAGUGAGCAUAUUAGCAAAGUCAUUGCUCCCCCACCCCAGGAAGCCGUCAGAUGAAGAGCAGAUUGUAAGGCCAACUUGAUAAGUGCAUCCCAGUUUGAGCUAUAGAAUCAACUCAGAGUAUACAGAUGAAAAGAAUAAAAAUUAAGCAGAAAUCAGACUCAAAAUAGCAUAUCAGAAAAGAAAAUCAACAAAGUCAAAGCUGGUUCUUGGGAAAGAUUACAGAAGUGGUUAAUAAAAGCAUCUUGCAGGGGCUGGAGAGAUGGCUCAGUGGUUAGGAGCACUGGAUGCUCUCUCAGAGGACCCAGGUUCAAUUCCCAGCACCCACACGGCAGUUCACAGUUGUCUGUAACUCCAGUUCCAGGGGAUCUGGCACCAAUGCACAUAAAAUUAAUUAUUUAAAAAGUUUAAAAUAUUUAGUUUUUUACAAAUAAACUUCUCUCCAGGCUAAUCAAAGAAAAAACAGAAGAGACACCUUAUUAAUACCAGCGGUGAAGGAGGAAUGUCAUUACAGGACAGAUCUCAACAGAACUAAAGGAGUUAAGUGUGACUGUGAGCCUUGUGAGCCAAUGAAAGGGACCCAUUCCUUGAAAAACACAUGAAAGCCACACAUGAAGAAACAGACAGUCUGAUAGGUAUUAGAUAAUAAAGUUAACAAUUAGCAAAGCAGAAAAAUAACAGGCCCGGGACAAGCUCUCCGGCACAUUCUACGCUGACCUGUAAGAAAAGGGCUGUAUGAAUCAUCUAGUCUUUUCCAGAAAACAGGAGCAGGCCCUCUGCUUACAGGCUCCUCUGUAAGCCCUGGAUUGUCAUCACGCCAGUAAAUAUCUCAAACAAAGAAGAGCAAAAUGCCUCCUAAGUACGGGGCAAAAAAUAUUCAGCAAAAUAUAAGCAAGUCACAGGCAACAGAGUGAGCUGGAGACGGGACCUGCUUCAGUCUCCAGAACAAAAAGAAAAAACAAGAAUUGCUCACCUUACCCCAGUGGAACUGACACACUGUUGUAUGGGAAAGAGGCUGGAGCCCGUGGUGGCUUCCAUGUCCUUACAGACAGCCGUGCUGAUACUCUGCCCUUCUUGAGCCUUCAGAGCUUGCGGGAUUUCAGCCUGUCAUCUUUUUCCUCACCCAGGGUGCAGAGUCCCUGAAUAUGGAUGGGACCUAAGCACAGGCCUGAUGCUCCCAGCCAAGGACAAAGUUCAGGGUGAGAUGACCCCAGAAUCUUCCCUGGAUGCAGACCGGGGUCAGGGCCAGCGCAUCAGAUGUGAGUGGCAGAAAACAGUGUGCUUUGCCUCACAUCCACACCCAGGAACAAGGACCCUACCCACUUCCACCUGGCUCAGCGGCUCAGAGGCUCAAUAGCAGAGCCCAGCGUGCCUCACCAAGGCCAGACUCCGCCCACUUGAUCAACCCAAGGACCUUCACAGAGCUCAAGGCCUGAGAUGCUCUGAUAGGGAAGCGGAAAGGAAGGUGCUGCCCAGGGAGAGGGAUGUUGUACGGCCACUGGGCCCUUGGCCACCACGUCUCCAGACAGCAGCUGUCAUGGAAACCUCAGUGUCAACUUCCGUCAAAAGUACUAUAUGUGAAGGCGUCCACUCAAACAGAUCCUCCCCUGACACUGAGCCCAAAAAUUGGCUUAAAAAAACCAAAAAGUUAGUUGGUGGAUAUUGAGUCCUAGAACCCUAACCCAAAGUUCCCUUUACUUCCUGUGAGUCCUAGGGAUCACUGUGCACCAAUUAACUCCUCGGUCUGCUGCUCAAUAAAACUGUUGUCUUCUUUUUUAUUGAAAAAAAUUUAAAUAGGCCCUUUAAUUCUUAAUCCAUAUUAACAAGGUUUUCCAUGUAUGUAUGAUAAUGUAACUUAUAUCCAAAGAUUAAUUCAUAUUUUUUCAAUUAUUUUACAAAUCAUGUAUUGCUGAGAACAUUCCAGGCCUGAGGCAGGAUAAAUAAGUAGGUAGGAAUCUCUGUGUAGUCAUCAAAUGACAAAGUUUGGAAGCAGGAGAAAUUCAGUAACUAUACUCUAUUUGCACAUUUGUGUUUCUAUAUUGGUACAAUAAAUACCAGACAAUGACUGUAGAAAGUCUACAAAGACACAAAAUCAAUACUAAUAUCACCAAAAUAAUGACCUUUAUAAAUAAUCUGAUAUAGAUCAAUUUCACAUUCAAUAACUUAGAAAAAUAAGGCUAGUGUUUCCUAUUUUUUCAUACACAAAAGCAAAGUAAUGGUUGAAGCAUAUGCAAUUUAUACUAAAUAUAUCUUAGAAAAAAAGAUAAAAAUUUAUUAAUCCUUUUCAAUGCAAUCUGUAAAUACAUUAAAUUAAGCUCAUUGUAUUAUUUUAUAGUACUGUUGUAUAAAUUAACUUUAUCAGGUAGACGAAGUUCUGUUAAGUAUUCUAAAAUUCUUUUUUAAUGUGAAAAUCUAGGAUUUCUUUGAAAACAGUUUUAGACCAUAUAUUCUGAUCAUGCGUUCUCCCCUCUCAACUCCUCCCAGAUCCUUCC